AUGAGUUCCUCCCGCAACGAUGCCGGGCAGCCCAACCGCAAGCCCAACCUCCGAGUAACGAUCAUCGCCGCAGAUGGCUUGUACAAGCGAGAUGUAUUCCGGUUUCCCGACCCUUUCGCCGUCAUCACUGUCAAUGGAGACCAGACCAAGACCACGACGGCUCAGAAGCGAACACUGAACCCAUACUGGAACGAAAGCUUCGACCUUCACGUAAAUGAGGACACCAUUUUAGCAGUCCAGGUGUUUGACCAAAAGAAGUUUAAGAAGAAGGAUCAGGGUUUCCUCGGCGUCAUUAACGUCAGAAUCGGCGAUGUCAUUGAGCUGGCACCAGAUGCCGAUGAUCAAAUGCUCACGCGAGACCUCAAGAAGUCGACCGACAACCUAGUAGUACACGGAAAGCUAAUAAUCAACCUGUCCACGAACCUUACCACACCCGCUCGAGCUGGGCAGGCCUCGUCUAGCCGACCGUCACUCAUUCCGCCGGCGCAAGGAUCUGGUAUUUCGACACUUUCAGCCCCAGCAACUGAUGCUAGGCCGGGCUCCGCGACGGGUGUCCCGAACGGCGGCCCGGCACCUGGCUCUCAGGUCAACCUUCCGCAUAGACCAGCCAGUAUGACAUCAAACGGCCCUCCCCCCGCUGCCAACGGUACCGCAGCCUCUGCACGCCAGCCCAGCACCCUCAGCCCCUUUGAAGAUGCGCAGGGCCGGUUGCCUGCUGGCUGGGAACGCCGAGAGGAUAACCUGGGCCGUACCUACUACGUCGAUCACAACACCAGGACCACCAGCUGGAACAGACCGACCGUUGCCGGUGCCGUGGAACAGAGGAACGACCGCGAAGCAGCUACCCAAGUGGAGCGUCAACGGCAUCAAAACCGAACCCUCCCAGAGGACCGAACGGGCGCGAGCUCCCCUACUCUGCAAGCCCAGCAGGCAGCCGCUGCCGCCGCCGCUCAGAGCGCGAGUAACUCUACCAUGAUGCACACUGGAGCGACAAGCCCGGGCACUGGCGAGCUGCCACCCGGGUGGGAACAGAGAUGGACUCCAGAAGGCCGCCCGUAUUUCGUGGACCACAACACCCGAACGACCACCUGGGUCGACCCCCGUCGUCAGCAAUAUAUCCGUAUGUAUGGUGGACAGAACAACCAGAACGGCACGAUCCAGCAACAGCCCGUGUCACAGCUAGGACCUCUGCCAAGCGGCUGGGAGAUGCGCCUCACAAACACAGCCAGAGUGUACUUCGUCGACCACAACACAAAGACCACGACAUGGGACGACCCUCGCCUGCCGUCCUCCUUGGAUCAAAACGUGCCGCAGUACAAGCGCGACUUCAGGAGGAAGCUUAUUUACUUCCGCUCGCAACCGGCGAUGCGCAUCCUUUCCGGGCAAUGUCACAUCAAGGUCCGGCGUUCUCACAUUUUCGAGGACUCGUUUGCAGAAAUCACUCGGCAGUCCGCCACUGAUUUGAAGAAGCGGCUGAUGAUCAAGUUUGAUGGUGAAGACGGUCUCGACUACGGUGGUCUUUCCAGAGAAUUCUUCUUCUUGCUCUCCCACGAGAUGUUCAACCCCUUCUACUGCCUUUUCGAAUACUCCGCCCACGACAACUAUACCCUCCAAAUCAACCCCCACUCCGGAAUCAACCCUGAGCAUCUGAACUACUUCAAGUUCAUCGGCCGCGUUGUCGGCCUGGCCAUCUUCCACCGUCGUUUCCUAGACGCCUUCUUCAUCGGUGCUUUGUACAAGAUGAUUCUUGGCAAGCCGGUCGUCCUGGCUGACAUGGAGGGUGUCGAUGCCGACUUCCACCGAUCUCUGCAGUGGAUGCUGGACAACGACAUUUCCGGAGGCAUCCUCGAGCAGACAUUCUCUACGGAAGACGAGCGCUUCGGCGUGAUGACUGUUGAGGAUCUCAUCCCUGGCGGUCGCGAUAUCGAUGUGACGAACGAGAACAAGAAGGAAUACGUUGACCUCAUGGUCAAGUGGAGAAUUGAGAAGCGUAUUGCAGAGCAGUUCCAGGCGUUCAAGGACGGCUUCCAUGAGCUUAUCCCUCAGGACCUUGUCAAUGUCUUCGACGAACGUGAGCUUGAACUGCUCAUUGGUGGAAUUGCCGAAAUCGAUGUCGACGAUUGGAAGAAGCACACCGACUACCGUGGUUACACUGAGUCGGACGAGGUUAUCCAAUUCUUCUGGCAGACGAUCCGAUCCUGGGAUGGAGAGCAGAAGUCGCGUCUGCUCCAGUUUGCGACCGGUACUUCUCGUAUCCCCGUCAACGGCUUCAAGGAUCUCCAGGGCAGUGAUGGACCGAGAAGGUUCACGAUCGAGAAGGCGGGCGAAAUCAACAACCUUCCCAAGGCCCACACAUGUUUCAACCGUUUGGAUCUGCCGCCAUACAAGAGUCUCGAGAUGUUGCAGCAGAAGCUCACAAUUGCUGUUGAGGAGACUAUGGGCUUCGGUCAAGAAUAG